AUGGAAGCACCCGCCACCACCACUCCUCUCCUCCCCCACCAUGGCCGCCGCAGCCACCACAAAACCAGCAUCUCCUCCGAGCUUUCCGGUGCCGUUGGUGAUCUCGGCACCUUCAUUCCCAUAGUCCUCACUCUAACAUUAGUCUCCCACCUCGACCUCUCAACCACUCUGAUUUUCACUGCUCUCUACAACAUCUCUACCGGCCUUCUCUUCGGCCUCCCUAUGCCCGUCCAGCCCAUGAAGUCCAUAGCCGCCGUCGCCGUCUCCGAGUCACCUCACCUCACCACCUCCCAAAUCGCCGCCGCCGGCAUCUCCACUGCCGGCAUCCUCCUCCUCCUCGGCACCACCAGACUCAUGUCGAUCCUAUAUCGUUUUAUCCCUCUUCCCGUCGUUCGCGGCGUUCAGCUCUCUCAAGGCCUCGCCUUUGCCUUCUCCGCCAUCAAAUACAUCCGUUACAAUCAAGACUUUAUCACCUCCAAGUCAACAACUUCUCGUUCUUGGCUCGGCCUUGACGGUCUUAUCAUCGCACUUUCAGCCGUUUUGUUUUUAGUGCUCGCCACCGGUUCAGGUGACUAUAAAGAUCAAGACAUUUCUCAAGAAGAUGAAUCUCAAAGCGAUCGCAAUAAAAAAUUGAAUAAAAGAUUGAGACUUUUAUCUGCAAUUCCUGCAGCUCUCAUAGUUUUUUUAUUCGGAUUAAUAUUAUGUUUUAUUCGUGAUCCUACGAUUUUCAGGGAUCUAAGAUUCGGUCCAUCGAAAAUAAAACUGUUAAAUAUCACAUGGGAAGAUUGGAAAAUCGGGUUUGUAAGAGCAGCGAUUCCUCAGAUUCCAUUGUCAGUACUCAACUCAGUGAUUGCUGUAUGUAAAUUGUCCGGUGAUUUGUUUCCUGAACGUGAAGAAAUUUCAGCAACAAAGGUUUCUGUAAGCGUUGGAGCUAUGAACUUGGUGGGGUGCUGGUUUGGGGCCAUGCCGGUAUGUCAUGGAGCCGGCGGGCUCGCCGGGCAGUACAGGUUUGGUGCAAGGACUGGGUUGUCUGUGGUGUUUUUAGGGAUUGGGAAGUUGGUGAUUGGAUUGGUAUUUGGGAAUUCAUUUGUCAGGAUUUUGAGCCAGUUUCCAAUUGGGAUUCUUGGGGUGCUUUUGUUGUUUGCAGGGAUUGAAUUGGCUAUGGCUUCAAGAGACAUGAACAGUAAGGAAGAGUCAUUUGUGAUGUUGGUUUGUGCUGCUGUUUCUUUGACUGGGUCUAGUGCUGCAUUGGGGUUUGGGUGUGGGAUUUUGCUGUCUUUGUUGCUUAAAUUGAGAAGAUUGGAGUGUUUUGGAUGUGGAUUUGGGUCCCCCAAAUGCAAGCCUAAAUGUUCUGCUGAUGAUGAGGAUGAUUUAGUUGUUUAAUUGGGUAAGUUUAUAUGGUUAGGAGGGGAAUAUGAUUAA